UGCAUCACCGCGCCAAACACGGUGCGGCCAUGUUUGUACCAUUCUGAUCGUCAAUGGAUAUCUCUGCCGCAUAGAACGGUUCUUUUGCUCGUCUCACGUUUUGUAACCGUCCAAACGGAGGGAUAGUUCAGAUUAAAUGCGCUCUCGAGUUCUGUAGUCAAGCACAAAGCGGGACGCGCCUUGCACCAUGUCAGCCAACGCGCAGAAUUUUGGCUUUGAAGAAUAUGACAAACCUGGUGCUGAGCGGUCACGCAGGAGGAGAGGGGAAGAUGACGAUCUAGAGAGUGAUUUGGAAGAGGAUUUGUUGGAGGCGGAUUGGCUUACAGUUAAAAAGAAUCCUUCAGAAAUGUCUGAUGAGGAGCUGAAUGAUGACCUUCUACAAAGUGACGAGGAAGAUGUAAAUAUGAGUGGUCAGGAAAUUAGCCUCAAUGCCACAUACCACUUGGGCGCAGCCUUUGGCCAGCAGGACAACUUGCAGGAAGCAGAAUACACAGAUGACGUUGUGAACCUUGGUGCAGAGGGCUGUGAAGAGGGGGAUGUAGAGGCGGAGGGGUACCAGCAUGUGGGGGAAGAGGAGUACACACAAGAAUACCGCCAAGACCACAACGCUGAGAUGCCUGACGACCAAAUGGAUUACACCGGAGAGCUAGCCGAGGGGGACGAGGGCUACCAGGAUGAAGUGUUAGACAUCCAAAUCAAUGAGCCCUUGGAUGGUGAAUUUCAAGAUGAUGAAUAUCAGACCUAUGAUGACAGUCUGGGUGAAUGUGGAGUCCAGCGGGAGGGGAUCCCAGAGGAGCGGGCGGAGGGAGGUGGAGCAGAGCAGCAGCAGCAGCAAGAGGAGGAGGAAGAGGAGGAGGAAGAGGAAGACCCAGCCGAAAGCUCUCGGGUCUUUGACACAGAGGAGGUCGAAAAUGAAGCAAUGCUUGAAGAAACAAAAGAGGAAUCGGACGAGGAGGAUGAGGAAGAUGAAGGGUCCGGACGCAUCCGAUUUAAAUCGGAGCGAAAGGAUGGCGCUGUUGUGCGGUUGGCCGAUGCGGGCAGCAACAGGAGGAGUAUCCCUGAAACAUUAGAACUGUCAGAGAAGGCGAAACAAGACCUGAUGCAGUUUGAGGAACAGGAACGGCAAAAGAAACAAAGCCGGUACGGAGGCCGAGGCAUGCGGGGAGGCAUGCGGGGGGCCAGAGGAAGAGGAGGCUUCCCACCUUUCGGAAUGGUCGACUUUAGAGGAGGAAACCGAGGAAGAAUGAUUGACCACAGGCUGAUGGGAAACAUGGGCAUGCAGCAGCCAUCCCGGAUGCCUCUUCCUCAUCAGCAGCAACUGCACUCCCAGCAGCACCACCCUUCACGACCGAGAGGGCCUCCUCCCUUCCAAGACCACGGGCGCCCGCUGAGCCAGCAGCCCCUUCAGCCCCUCAUCCCCCCGCACCUGGCACACCGCUCCCCUCCGCUACGGCCACAGAUGGAGCCUCCGCCACGAAUGAUGGGCUCCCCGCCACCCAACUUCCCCCAGCACCACCACCACCACCAGCAGCAGCAGCCUCCACAGUCCAAAAAUAUCCACAUUAACCCCCAUUUCAGAGGGCCCACGUCAUCCUCUGUACAAGUGCCCUUGAUGCCUCCUGCUCAGAGCCAGCCCAGACCUGCUGUGGGUCCUCAGAGGUUCCCUGGACCGGGAGACUUCCAGCAGCACAUGAACGCUAAUUUUGGUCAGCCCCAGCGGCCCCCUCAUCACAUGGAGCCAUUCAGGAGCCAGCCACCUCAAGGACCCCAAGAGAGGGAGCCGCUCUUUAUGGGAGAGCGCCCAGAGUCAACCCGGUUUCCGGGGCAGCACAUGUUUGAUCACCAGAGCCCCGGCCCUCUGAUGAAUAGCAACCACAACCUCCACCACCACCACCACCACCACCACCCCCCGCAGCAGCAGCAGCAGCCCCCACCGCAGCAACAGCCGCAGCAGCAGCAGCAGCUUCCUGGCCAGGGCCACAUGGGUUUCGGCCCACCAGGACCAGGCUUCAACCAGCCGGGGCAGGGUCAGCUGGGACUCUUUUCGAGAGAACCCCCAAGACCCAACCUCCCUCCCCACCAAGGUCAUCAGGGCAUGGUGGGCUUGAAUCAACAAGGGGGCCCCCCCAACCAGCCCAGGCCCUUCAUGGGCCCUCGUCAGCCUUUUGGCCAGCAGGGGAACCUUUUCCCUCCUCCACAAGUCCAGUUUGGGAUGCAGGUACGACUAAGAGGCUUAAUGCACGCCCCUCCUGUCUCCCAGCUUCCGCAUCACGACUCCUUGACGUCCCAUCAGCCCAUGCACCACCAGCAGCAGCAGCAACGUCAUAGGCAGGAGUUGAACCAUCAUCAGCAGCAACAUCUUAAUGUCAAUGAGUCUCGCCCCAUGAUGCACCAUGGCCAGAACCCUUUCCAUCAACAGGCACAUGGUAGCCCGAGGCAGAUGACUCCCCGCCCCCAGAACCCCCAGCAACGCAACAUGUCCAACAGGCUGAGAAUGAACACGCCCAUCUCCAAGCAAAUGCAGCAGCGCAACAGCAACCUUCGGGAGCUCCCCAUAGCACCUGGCAACACAACCAUGAGCAGUGCCCGCCCUGCCGCCAACAUUAGACCUGUUGCCAAGGCGACACAGGGGAUGCGUCCGGGGCAGAACACUCAGCUUGUGCCUGACGGCGGAAGAGGAAGAGGCCAAGCUGCCGCAAAGAUGGAAGCGCAGCCCGCGGGCGCCGGCAGGACGGUAGUCUGCAAGGAGACCCCGAGCACGCUGUCCAGCACAGCGCCACAGGACCCUAAGGAGGACGAGGAGACGCGGCAGUACCGUCUGAAGAUUGAGGAGCAGAAGCGCCUGAGAGAAGAGAUCCUCAAGCGGAAGGAGAUGCGACGGCAGAUGCAGGCCGGCGUCAGAAAGAAGGAACUGCUGGACAGGCUUAACACUCCCAGCCAGGGCCCGUCUCCUUCACACGUUCAACCGCAACAGCAACCGCAACAGUUACAACAACAGCAGCAGCAACAGUUACAACAGCAGCAACAGCAACAACAGCAACAACAGCUACAACAACAACAACAGCAGCAGCAGCAGAGACCGUUGCCUCUGAGGACACAGCAAUCAUUGACUCAAUCAUUAAAGAAUCCCAAUCAAGCCACCCCCAUCCCUCCCAACGGCGGCCCUCAGAUCUCUGCACCACGUCCCAAUGUCAAGGCCCGCCUGCAGAUGGUGAAAGGCCAGCAGCAACCGCCCCCCGGGCCCGGUCCAGACCAGCAGUGGAAACCGCCUCAACAAAAUCAGCAGCUGCAGCAGCAGCAGGUGCAGCAGCGAAGGAACAGUGCCGUGCAGAACGUAAACAGGCCCGCUGCUCAGAUCCAGUCCAAUCAGGUGCCUCAGACGAUCAUACCCGUGACUCCCUCCGCGGGGCCCGGCCAGGCUCCGGCUCGGGCUGCAGGGCCUAAACCCGGGGCUAAGAGAACUGUGAUGCAGCGGGCCAAGAGUUUCGAGGGCCAGCAGGUGCCACAGAAAGUCAGAGUGGUCAAACUCUCAGGAGCGGGUGGAAACGGACCAGUGGCAGCCGGAGAGCCCCCGCAGCCACAAGGCUCCCGGUUGGCAAACCCGCUCGCUCAGGCCGCGCAGAGGAAGGUCACGAUGGCGCCGGGGCAGCAGCCACAAGGACCAGCCGGUACCCCGCAGGCAGGCCGAGGGAUCGGGGGCAACCCGCAGCAAAACAGGGUUGUGGUGCCCGCCCGGGGCCGGGGGAGGGGGGCUGUCCCGAUCGGUCGAGGCCGCCCGAUGGCCACCAGGCAGAGCGAAAGAGGAGCGGCGGGCGAGCGCUGCACCGUGUCCAUCGAGGGCCUCUCCUCAUCCACAACUGACCUCCAACUGCAGAACCUUCUGCGGUCCAUCGGCCCCAUAGAGAUGUUCAAAAUGAUGCCACAGCAGAGGAAGGCCGUCGCCACGUUUUCCACUCCCCAGCAUGCAGAAAGUUUUCAAAUGAGCUUCCAUAGGCACAUGAUUGAUUUGUCCCACAUUGACGUGGCGCUGAUUGACGGAUGAGGAGCGCAUUAGAGCCGGGGAGCCCCUCCGUCACAAAGGAGUUCCUUUCUCCCAACGCGGGAGCCUCGGGGGCCCGGGCGAAAGGAGCGCUCCUUCGGCCCCCUUUUUGCGGGUCCGGGGGGGGGCGGGGGGGCGGCGACGCCUCUGCUCCGAAGCGUCAUUCGGCCCGAACUGGAACAGCGAACAUUGGCCGCAUGCCUUUGUCUGACUUUGUGUACCAACUGUCCGUUGUUGUAAAACAAACGGCACCGGAGAGAGACACUGGACAGUUAAUCCUACUUUUAGGUGUGUGUGUGUGUGUGUGUGUGUUUGUGAGGAAUGCUGUGUGCCUCUUCCACGGAACACCAAGUAGAAGCUAAUGGGAUAAUGGUUGCUCCCCUCCUCGGUUGGAUUCCUCAUUUAAAAAAAAAAAACCCCGAAAGCAAGCGCUUGGGACUCGCUGCUCCCGAUACGACCGUCAUCCGAGUCGCUUUUAAAACAUUCUUUGCUGGCGUCUGCGUGGAGCCGGAGCGAGGCGGCGGGGCCCUGUAGAUGGCGCUGUUCCAUCACUAGUGCUGCUUCCAAUUUUCGGACUUUGGAGCCCCCCUGCUGUCAGGUAGAGAUCGUUUGGGUGAAUGGCACCAUCUAGUGGAGAACAUGCACGCAGGCACAGGGGUGGACGAAAGGCCAUUUGUCACAUAGUGGUGACGGGGCGUUAGGUGAUAAAUUAACGGGGUGGGGGGGGGUUUAUUUUAUAAUGAUGUUGUUUUCGGUGCUUUUCAGUUUCCGGGCUGCUUCUGGCACCAAUAGUUCUUCUCAUUUUGUCGGUGUUUAGAUCUUUUUAACUGUUACCUGGAGCCCAACUUGGAAUAAACACUUGCGCGCGUCUGAUGUAUAUUUUAGUUCCAUCGAUUAUGGAUUAGUUCGAUUUAGGAUUGAUAUCUUCGCCGUUUGUGCUGCGAGGCGUCGCGUGCCUUUUUGUGCGAUUUUUGUUUCAGAUUUUUAUAGAAUUACAAAUUAAAUGUUUGUCUCUUUUUUCCGGCGUGUACGUGUCGUCAGAGAGAAUUGCUGACGGUUCCCCUGAGGAUACAUUUCUGUAACCGCUUCCUCCGUUCCGUUCUAAUUGAUCCAAAUCCGCGUGACUAUCAGCGGUUGAUCGGCGGCGUUAUCGCAGAGCGUCUGAGGAGGGGCCCUUUGAGCGCUGAGCCGGUUACAUUGACGUCUGUCAGUCGAGCAGAAGAGUAAUGCGCCAUCUUAUUUAAACGGAGGCAUCCUUGAAUGAGGCAUUUAGACACUAAUUAAUCACUCUCCGGCUCAAGGUUUGAUUGCGUGAGACGUCUUUAUUCGACUGUGAAGUAAGGCUCAUUCACUUAUUCCAUUAACUAUUUAUUCUUUCUUCAAAUCUUUUAAUUUAUUUUUUGUUGUCGUCUAAAACCGGUUAAAAGUCUGCUAAACAAACUAGUUCUUUUUUUAAAUCAUCAAGAAGUUGUGACCCCGCGUUUACUUGUAGUUUAAGAGCAGAGGUGCAGGAAUGUGACGUUAUCAAACCGGGGGGGGGCAACCAUUAUCUGUCCAAAGCUCGUGUACAUAAGCAGGACUUUCUCUCAGCAUUCAUCUUGUUGGGCUUCUCUUCUUUUUUCUUUUUUUUUUUCGUUUCAUUUUAAAGUUGCUCUUUACUUGCGUUGUAUCACGUUAAGCAUUUUUACAUGUAAGGAUUUACUGAUGUGUCCAGACAUUAAUCAUUUUACGAAGUGUUUUUUGUUUUUGAAUUUGGAUCCAAAAUGAAGGAUGACUGGACAACAUUUCUGUUUAUAAGACAUUUGACAAAAAGUGUAAGGGAAAAUAAAAACAUGGCCAAUAUACCGUGAACAUGCAGGUAUGUGAAGCCGGUUCAACCUUAGCCCAAAGAUGUGUGGUUGUGUGUGUGAUGUCCAUCUUUCUGGUGCCUUUUUUUACAAAGAAUUAUCUCUUUCUGCUGCGUUUUUAUUCAUUUUUACGCAUAAAGUAUUUUACUUGAAACAUAUCGCAUAUACUUUAAAAAAAAAAAAAAAAAAAACAACUCCUGCAAGGAGUACAACCUUUUUUUAUAUAGAGUUAAGGG